CGCAGUCGCGCCAAGCGUUCCGAGCCGAGCGGAGGAGUGGAUCCGAGGCGCGCUGAGAUGGCCCGGCCCGCGAGGCCCGCGGAGUGAGUGAGGCACGGCGACGACGACGCGACCCCACGCCACCGCAACAAGUGCCUGUGAUUCUACUCGAGGGAAGUGGCCGAGUGUUUCCGGGGCAGUGUUCAUCGCGGGGCGCCAUGAGCGUCUCCGGGGUGCCCCUGGGGGUGCCCCUGGGGCCCAUGGGGUUGCCGACGGCCGACUGGAUGCCCACGCCGGCGUCCUGGCUCAACGACUCGGCGGCCGCGUCCCCCGCGUGGGAGGACAACGCCACCGCGCUGGCCGUGCCCCUGCUCCCCACCAGGCACAUCAGCGUCACCACGGAGGUGGUGCUGACGGUGUGCUACGCGGUGGGCAUCGCGGGCAACCUGGCGGCGCUGGUGAUCCUGGUCCGGGGCGGGCGGCGCGCACACCGCAACGCGCGCCACUCCCUGAUGCUGCGCUGCCUGGCCUGCAACGACCUGGUGGCGCUGCUGGGCAUGCUGGUCAUGAUGCAGGCCCAGCUGCGGCUGCCCACCGCCCUGGUGCGGUCGCGCUGCUUCUGCGGCCUGCGCGUCGUGUGGCGCCUCUUCGGCCUGGGCUCGGGCUCCGUGGCGCUCGUCAUGGCCCUGGAGCGCUGGCUCGCCCUCACCAGGCCCUUCCUGUACCAGAAGCACAUCACGUACCACGUGGUGCGGCGCGCCAUCUUCGGCAUGUGGAGCUGCGUGCUGCUGCUGGUCAUGCUGCCCCUGUUCGGCUUCGGCCUGUACUACAACCCCGAGUCCAACGAGUGCGCCCGGUACCCCAAGGCCACCAAGCCGGCGGACAUCGCGUACGCCUACGUCUACUUCACGUUCGGCAUGCUGCUCAUCGCGAGCAUCCUGUGCUGCAACCUGCUGGUGGUGCGGCGCCUGCACCGCGCGGGCCAGACGGCGUGGGGCCGCGUGGGCCGCGUGCGCUCCAGGACGCUGACGAGCGCCACGUACUACUCGGACACGCGGCCCAGGGUGCUGCUGCUGCUGCGGCGCGGCCGGCCGCGCCCCGAGGACGCCAAGGACACCAAGGAGCAGCAGCCGCCGCUGAUUCGCCGCUUCUCCAGGAACUGCCACCGCGUACGCGCGCUGCAGCACUCCGAGUCCGUGGACUCGGCCACGCACGAGGAGACGGCCUUCGCCAAGCUCAUGGGGUUCCUCUGCGUGCUCUUCGUGCUGUGCUGGCUGCCGCAGAUGAUGGCCAUCCCCCUGACGCAGCUGUGGCCGACGUGGCCGCCGGGCAGGAAGUUCGCCCGCCUGGCCGACUUCUCGCUGCUGCUGCACUUCACGCUGGACCCCUUCGUGUACGUCCUGCAGAGCUGCACGCGCCGCCACCACCACAAGCCGCAGAUUGGUAGUAUUGUAAGUCUCCUAGUCAAAUUUUGUAAAAUUGCAUUGCUUUUGUGCCAAUAA